CCGCUCCGAUUCACCCAGGAAGGCACUUUCCAGAUCGCCGUAUUCGCCGACCUGCAUUUCGGCGAGAAUGCCAACUCGGUCGUCGCCAUGAAUCGCGUGCUUGAUGCCGAAGACCAGCAACUGGUGGUGCUGAAUGGGGACUUGAUCACCGGGGAGAAUGCCUACCGGUUCAACAGCACGGCAACGAUUGAUCAGAUCGUGGGCCCCAUCGUCAGAAGAGGACUGCCUUUUGCGACCACCUACGGCAAUCACGACAGCCAAUACAAUCUUUCACGUGAUGCAAUCUUCGCCCACGAGCAUCGCUACCGGAACUCCAGGACGAAUCCGAUGAUUCGAGGUGGCAACGCUGGUGUGACUAAUUACUACCUUCCAGUCUAUCCUUCGCACGGCGGGCGAGAACCUUGCCUGAUUCUUUGGUUUUUCGAUUCCCGAGGCGGCCUCUACUUCCAAGAGCAAGAUGAAAAUGGCGAUGGAGUGGGCCAACCGGACUGGGUCGACCAGAGCGUGGUGGAGUGGUUCCAGGAAUCCAAUGCUUUACUCACUCGGCGAUAUCAACGGACGAUACCAUCGCUCGCAUUCGUUCACAUCCCGACCAACGCAAGUGCGGCACUGCAAACUGAAGUUGGAGUCGACCCAAACACCGAGCCUGGCGUCAAUGACGACUACCCGUUGGCGUCGCAAGCACAGGGCUGGUGUCCGAACGGCACGGAUUCUGGCUGUGAUUACGGAGGGCAAGACACUCCGUUUAUGCAAGCCAUAACUACAACACCUGGCCUAAUGGCUCUCUUUUCUGGUCACGAUCAUGGUAACACCUGGUGCUACAAGUGGGAUCAACUUGUGCCUGGCAUGGUGGUGGCAGGCAAUGGCCUCAAUCUGUGCUUCAAUCAGCAUUCAGGAUACGGUGGCUACGGCACUUGGACGAGGGGUGCCAGAGAGAUUCUCAUCACAGCAGGAAAGCUCGCGAAUUGCGAAAUCGAUACCUGGAUUCGUCUAGAAACGGGCGAAGUCGUCGGAUCUGUCACAUUGAAUUCGACAUAUGGCAGGGACUUCUACCCAGCUACUCCAAAC